GGGCAACACCGGUUUAGAAGUGUAUUGCGCAAGCACCGGGAUAAAGAUCCGGGUACGACACAACUGUGUACAACACUCACUUGUCGUUGAUCGAACAGCAACAACAUGGCCACCGCUGCUGACUCCAAUCUUCCACAGGCUAACAGAGAGACAAAAGUGUCGAUGGCGGACACGCCACCCCCUCAGUACUACCCGAUGGCCCAUCCCCACACCGGAGGCGCACCCAUCAACACACACAACUUCAUGGGAAUGCACGUGGUGCAGCCCCACCCCACAGUCAUGGUGACUCAGCCUGUCGUGACUGUAACGAAGCCAGCAACCACUUGUUCUCUGGUGAUGUCGGUUCUCAGCACCAUCUUCUGUUGCUUCGUCUGUGGCAUUGCCGGCAUCCUCGUCGCCUGGAAGGCCCGCCUGCACGUCCUGGAGAACAAGUUCGAUCAGGCCCGCCAUUCCAUCAGCAUCGUGUGGAUUUUCUUCGGCCUCGCCCUCUUCUUUGGACUCCUCACCUGGGGACUAAGUGUCUACUACAUAGUUCUCAUUACUAGUUUUUCUCGAUAUAACAAGUAGUAACCUCGCCCCGUCCAGUGGAGUCACGUGGACCAAUGAGGUCGACUUGGACUUCUUGUCGAACGAAUCUCUCGCCUCUGUCAUGCAACUGUAGCGACAAUUUUUAGUGAUAUAACUCUGUGAUUUUAAGGCUAAGUGGUGGUAGUUUCAUUAAAGCAUAUUUAAAAAAAAAUUAAAUAAGAAUAAUGAAGUAGACUUGUACAACGUAGAACACCUGCACGUGGCUGGUUCUUCGCGAUUUACGUUUCAUUAUUUACACUAAAAAUGUAACUAAUCACUGCAUUUAGUGUCACUAAUGAUGUGUUGAUACAGUAAUAUUUAAGAACAGCUUAAACAAUUUUCCACAAGAUGAUAAUGGCAAAACGGAAUAUUGUUAUACUGUUUGACAGUUGCUAUUUAUGUUACACCCACAGUAAUCAUGUUUAGUUUACACCAGUUUGCGUGGAUUUUAACUCUGUUACUCUCCACAGGUCUGACAUUUCUCACUUCAAACAUACAUUUGAAUCGUCUGGUAUUUAUUAUUUUUUAUUUUAUUAUUUUAUUAUUUUUCUUCAUAUUAAUAUUGAGCUACGUGGCUUACGUUUAGUAUACAAGCACAAGUUGUCGUUCUUGAGCAGAAGUAAAAUAAAUUUUAAAAAUAAUUAAGUCCCUUUAUUUCACCCAUAUCCCAGCCUUAUGAGCAGACUCAUAAUGCUUUACAAAUAAUUAUCAUUAUUAAAGGCAGAAACUGAAGAAACCAACCACAAUGACAGAAGAAAUAAAUCAUUAAUAUUUUGUAUCAGCUUUAUGACUUACAUGAACAUAAUAUAAAUACUAACCAACAGGAAUGAACACAUUUGUACAUUUUAAAUCAUUUCUUUACUUUACGUACUUCAACACAACAUAAAUAUUAAGCAGAAAUAAUGACUACGUUUGUACAUUUUGAAUCAUUUGUUCUCUUUAUAUUUUGCACCUUUUUGUUUGUUUUUGAUAUAAUUUUCAAUACCUUUUUUUCUUUUGAGCGCUAGUUGGAUGUUUAAAAAAACAGUUUUACUUUUUCUCAUAGCGUUUGGGAAAUAAAGAAAAGUCAUCGUGGGAUUCUACU